AUGAACGAGAAGAAGCAACUCAACAUAGCCAACCUGUUCACGGCGAACAGGGACAGUGGAGGGCGCACUGGUGGAGACGACAAAAGGGUUAUCAUAGAUAAGGAGAAAAAGCCAUCCAUAUGGUCACUCUUCACCCAGGUGGGUGCAUCCACGGAAGACGCAAGGAAAAGGAGCGAAGCAGACGAUGAUGACGCGGAUGGUGGGGGUGGGGAAAGCUCACCUGUAGAUGUGUUUUUCACACCGAGAAAUGCGCCACAGGGGAAGCAGGAGAAGGAAAAAGGGGAAGACAAUAGGGGAAAUCGCCACGUUGAAAGCCGCACGGGAAGCCAAACAGAUCACCCCCCUGCUGCCACCGGGGCCAAGCCCAGCCUGUUCAGAAACACGCAGUCAAAUCAGGACAUCCAAAAAGAAAUAGAAAAUAUAACCAGCAGCUUCAAACGGAAGAACAAUAUUUUACUGGGCGAAAAUACUGAUGACAGUUUGCUGAACAGCAUUCUCUCCAGGAAGAGGACAAAAAUGAACGUCGAGGGGAGUCAGUUGGCUGCGUGUUUCACCCCCCCCGGGGGAAGUUCCUCCGUGUCCUACAACUCAUACAAGGAGUUCUUUGCAAAGGGGGCCUCUAGCCAAAAUGGGAAGGACGAAAGGAAGGUGGUCGAUAAGAAGACACUACUGGAUGAUUUAGCGCAGAAUAAAAUGAGGUACCAAAUAAAGGAUGACAAUGUGAUGAUCCGCGCGAACCAGGCCAACCGAACAAAGGAAGAAGAGAGGAAAACCCACACGUGCGUGCUGAAGAAGAAAAACGUGUGCGUGCCAGUAAACGUGGUAAACGAAAAUAAUCACCAAAAUGUUAUAAAAAUGAGGAAGGCACAUCAAACUUUAUUUAAGAAAGAUAACUUUGAUAUUUUUCACCACUUGGGAGAUGACCUAUUUAGAUACAUCAUAUCGAACGUAAAAAAUAAAAAAAACCUCCUUCUCCUGAAUAGGAGAUUCAGAGACGUCAUUCGUUGUUUAAGGUUGAAUCUCAUUUAUGACGUGACAUUAAAAAAUACAAUUCCUCCGGAGAGUAUUAUAAAAACAGUAUACACAUCAGAUAAGCUGCAAGUGCUGGAUCUGUCUGGAUGUUCUCAUCUCUCUUCUCACCAUUUUCAUUUAUUCUGUAAUUCUAAUCAUAUCAAAUUUGAUAAGACGCUAAAAAUUCUGUGCCUAAAUGGCUGCAGCAAAAUUACCGACUCAAGUUUGAAGGCUCUUCUCCAUCGGUUUAAGUGUCUGUCCAUUGUGGACGUUCGUAAUUGUUAUAAGAUCAGUCACGAAGGAAUUUUCCCCUUAAAGUUCAAGACCGGUUUGGUGAAAUUGUACCUUGGAAAUACGACCUCCUCCUCUACAGUGUCCAAUUAUCACACUGAUGAUACGCUACGUGUGCUCUUCACCUGUGUGCCUCCUUCAUCGGGCGAAUCUACCACUCAACGGACUGCCACGAAUGGUGGUGAUAUGUGUACACACAUUAGUACCCCUCUGAAGCUACUCUCCUGCUUCGAAAUUACCAAUGCGAAACAGCUAAGUGACAUAUCAUAUCUCUACGUCAUAUCGAAGACCCUCAAGAUACUUAACCUCCGGGGGUGCAACAUUGAUGACACGGCUGCAAUCUUUUUCAAGUGCUUCACUAACCUCAUCGCUUUGAAUGUAGCCGACACGAAGGUAUCCAAUGAGGUGAUCAAAACGGUCUGCACUAAUUCACCCAAAAUGAGGAUCCUCGAUAUUUCCAAAGCGGUAGACGUCCAGAAUGAGACAAUCUUAACCGUUGCAAGAAGUCUAAAGCGCCUUCGGAAGAUUAAGGUGUCCUCGCUGCAAAACGUGGACAAUUUCUCCGUCCGGGAAUUCCUCAAAAACUGCAGGGACCUCGUAGCAAUUGAUUUCUCCAGCUGCUGGAAGGUUAACAACUCCUUUUGUCACGUGAACGGACUGAACGUUGCGUCAGGGCCCAAGCUAACCGAUGUGGGUGUCUACCAGUGCUCAGUCGACCGCAGGGUCUGCGAAGGAGCCCUCACGGAAGUUGGCUGCUCCUCCGUGCGCGUGCACAUAUACAAUGAGCUGAAAAUAUUUGAGACAUCCAUUUAUGCGGACGUGGACGCACUGGAUCAGGGCGAAUGA